AUGCCUCCUCCCAACGCACACCACCAUAGUGCCUCGAGUAGUAACGUUGAUCGUGCUGCAGACUCUAUGGCCCGCUUGUCUGUCUCUUCCGGACAACGACGACCACCACGCACGAUCGCUGAGCUCGCCGAAGCUGCGAAGUCCGGCACGGAUGACGAUAGUCUGCCGCUGAAGCAGUAUCUGCGCAACGCGGAGAACGCGCGGAAGGCUGGUCGUCGCCUGUAUGACGAAGAUGAUCUGGAGAACGCGUUUAUCCAGCUCGCACGCGCCGCCACAAUUGUACUCGAGAAGCUACCCGCACACAAGGACUAUCGUACACUCCUCAACUCCACGCAGAGACACAACAUGGGACUGCAUGGUCAAGAGAUAUUGGACCAACUCGCGACGAUCAAGAACACGCUUCUUGAACAAUCCGAAGCAUACGACCGUCUCCCGUCAUCUUCGACCGUUUACGCACCGCCCUUGUCUCAAUCGAGUAGUCGGUCACCGGGUUCCACGGCGUCUAAUGCCCCACACCGCAACCGCCCACCGCAACCUUCUCCUCCCGAUCCAUCAGAAUCGUUGACGGACAAUGUGCGAUUCGGGGUUGACGACGGCGGACGCCGCUCGGCACGUUACGCAGACGAGCACGUUGCUCGGAGUAAUAGCCGUUCCCAGCUCCCGGCACCUGUCUUGGACUACGCACGCGAGGAACAGAGGAGACGAUUUGAAGAGAAGGAGAGAUAUGAGCAGCAGCAAGAGGAGAUGAAGAGGCGCGGAGAGGAUAUCUUACGACGUCGACGGCAGGAGCAGGACGGCAUAGCUCAACGGCAGCGCGAGGCGGAGACGGCGGCUCAGGCAGCUCGCUCAGCGCCUCCUGUACCUACGGUAUCGGUGUCAGCGCCAGUCGCCGUUCCAGCGCACACUAUGCCCUCACCGAUGCCAAUACCCUUCCUGCAGUUACCGCUUGAAAGCCCAUCUCGGCCUCAAUCCGGCUUACGUCCUUCCCGAACACCACUGAAUAGGACGAAGACCACACCCCCACCAGUCCAGCCUAUCGAAUACCCGUCUCUAAUGUCGCAACAUCAGAUCAAGCAGGGGUAUACGCCCUCAGCAUCAUCGAUGUUCGUUGGGCCGCCUCCGCCUGGUGCACUUCAACAACCGAAUCCGAGCCAAGCGCUAUACAAUAACCCUCUGCCUAUGCCCGCAAUGCCCUACGGAUUGCAUGGUGCACCUUCACGGUCUACACCGUCCGCGCCACCAACGCGCGUGCAGGCGCCACCCGCUCAGCAGACCCAGUCCAGUUCAAACAAGGGCCCUCCACGGCUGCGCCGAGUAGACACUCCCCGCGAAGUGAUCGACAGGUUCAUUGCCAUCGCUGGUAUCAACACCAAGCGUAAUCGCGAGACAUGCGGGCUGUUACUGGGUCGCGACGACGGCGACCGCUUCUACGUCACAACGUUGCUUAUACCCAAGCAACAUUCAACGAGCGAUACCUGCACGAUGGAUGAAGAGGAGCUUGUACUCGAGUUCACGGAGACGCGGUCGUUGGUCACGCUUGGGUGGAUCCAUACACACCCGACUCAGUCUUGCUUCAUGUCGUCUGUCGACCUUCAUACCCACAGCGGCUUCCAGAGGAUGCUUCCCGAGUCAUUCGCUAUCGUCUGCGCACCCAAGUACAACCCUAGCUUCGGCAUCUUCCGCCUCACCGACCCUCCCGGCCUUCAGAUCGUCCUUGACUGCCAAGCCAAGGAAGCCUUUCACCCUCAUCCUCCUGCUCCCAUCUAUACCGACGCCGACAAGAACCAUGUCGUCUUGACGGAUAUGCCCCUCGAGAUCGUAGACAUUCGGAACUAG